AUCUACAGAGCCACGGAUCGCCACUGUCUCUGAGUCCGCUGUAAUGGAGCCAGGUAAACUGCAAUUAGCACACGUCCAGGUUAAGACUGCGUACUUCAAGGAUCAUCUGAUGGAUUAUUCCUAGACAUUUCCAACAGAACAUUCAGAUCUGAUCGCCUCCCAGACCCCAUUUCUUUGAUGUUGAAGACACAGACAAGAGGGCCAUGGAUGUAAAAGAAAGGAAGCCGUACCGAUCUUUGACCCGACGCCGUGAUGCCGAACGCCGCUACACCAGUUCCUCAGCGGAGAGCGAAGACAGCAAAAUACCUCAGAAGUCCUACAGCUCCAGUGAGACUCUGAAGGCCUAUGAUCAGGACUCUCGGCUGACGUACGGCAAUCGGGUUAAAGAAAUGGUACACCAGGAGGCGGAUGAGUACUGCCGAACAGGGGCCAACUUUUCUCUGAGAGAACUGGGCCUCGAAGACGUUACGCCUCCACACGGGACUUUAUACAGGACGGAUAUAGGGCUGCCCCACUGUGGCUACUCCAUGAGUGCCGGCUCGGACGCAGACACCGAAGCGGACGCCAUUAUGUCGCCGGAGCAUCCGGUGAGACUCUGGGGACGCAACACCAAAUCGGGACGCAGCUCUUGCUUGUCGAGCCGAGCCAACUCGAACCUCACCCUCACCGAUACCGAACACGAAAACACCGAAACCGGUCCACCUUUGCCAUGCUCAUCCGCCUCCUCCACCCCUGUUGAGCAGUCCCCCUCCCCUCCCCCUUCCCCACCGCCGGCCAAUGAGAGCCAGAGACGGUUGCUAGGCAACGGCGCUGCCCAGCCAGGCCAAGACUCGGACUCUGACGAAGAGUUUGUCCCCAAUUCAUUCUUAGUUAAACGUGGCUCGGGGACGCUUUCUCUCCCUUCUAAUGAUCAUCCGCCGAAUCUUCAGAACCACUCGCGACUCCGAACUCCCCCUCCUCCCCUCUCGCACGCCCACACGCCGAACCAGCAUCACGCGGCCUCCAUCAACUCCUUAAAUCGAGGGAACUUCACUCCACGCAGCAAUCCCAGCCCGGCCCCCACGGACCACUCCCUUUCCGGAGAGCAGCCGGCCGGUACGCAAGAGUCCACGCACGCUCAGGACAACUGGUUACUCAACAGUAACAUCCCCCUUGAGACGAGAAACAUAGCAAAGCAGACAUUCCUAGAGACAUUGCAGGACAACCUCAUUGAGAUGGACAUUCUUACUUCCUCCCGACAUGAUGGUGCUUACAAUGAUGGGCACUUUCUGUUCAAGCCGGGUGGGACCUCUCCCCUCUUUUGUACAACGUCGCAGGGUUACCCCUUGACAUCCAGCACUGUUUACUCACCUCCUCCUAGGCCCCUUCCCAGAAGCACCUUCUCUAGGCCAGCCUUUAACCUGAAGAAGCCCUACAAGUACUGCACCUGGAAAUGUGCUGCCUUGAGUGCCAUUAUCAUCUCUGUUGCGCUGGUGAUACUGCUGGCGUAUUUUAUCGCCAUGCACCUGUUUGGCCUAAACUGGCACCUGCAGCCGAUGGAAGGGCAGAUGUUUGAGAUCACGGAAGACACGGCCAGCAGUUGGCCAGUGCCAACGGACGUCUCCUUAUAUUCCUCAGGGGGCACGGGGUUAGAAUUACCAGACAGGAAAGGCAAAGGAGCCGGCGAAGGGAAGUCCAGUAGUUUCUUUCCAGAAGACAGCUUUAUAGACACCGGAGAGAUCGACGUUGGCAGGCGAGCCACUCAGAAGAUCCCUCCUGGCAUGUUCUGGCGAUCUCAGGUGUUCAUUGACCACCCAGUGCAUCUGAAGUUCAACGUUUCGUUAGGGAAGUCUGCUCUGGUCGGGAUCUAUGGCAGAAAAGGCCUUCCUCCUUCGCACACUCAGUUUGACUUUGUGGAAUUACUCGAUGGGAGGCGACUGCUUACUCAGGAGGCCAGGAGCCUGGAAGGCCCUCAGCGGCAACAAAAGGGCUUCGUGCCAUUGGCCAGUCAUGAGACGGGAUUUAUUCAGUAUUUGGACUCAGGAAUGUGGCACCUGGCCUUCUACAAUGAUGGGAAAGAGUCUGAGGUGGUCUCAUUUCUCACCACAGCCAUUGAAUCGGUGGAUAACUGCCCCAGCAACUGCUACGGGAACGGAGACUGUGUUUCGGGCACCUGCCAUUGUUUUCUGGGCUUCCUGGGCCCCGACUGUGGCCGAGCGUCUUGCCCAGUAUUAUGCAGCGGAAACGGGCAGUACAUGAAAGGCCGGUGCUUAUGCCACAGCGGAUGGAAGGGGGCCGAGUGCGAUGUCCCAACCAACCAAUGCAUUGACAUCUCUUGCAACAACCACGGCACGUGCAUCAUGGGGACCUGCAUCUGCAAUCCAGGGUACAAGGGAGAGAGCUGCGAGGAAGUGGACUGCAUGGACCCCACUUGCUCAGGACGCGGCGUGUGUGUCAGAGGGGAAUGCCAUUGCUCCGUUGGCUGGGGAGGAACCAACUGUGAAACACCGAGAGCGACCUGUCUGGACCAGUGUUCGGGCCACGGCACCUUUCUACCCGAAACCGGCCUGUGCAGUUGCGAUCCAAGCUGGACUGGACACGACUGUUCGAUUGAGAUUUGCGCUGCGGACUGUGGCGGGCACGGUGUCUGUGUCGGGGGCGCCUGCCGCUGCGAGGAGGGGUGGAUGGGAGCGGCCUGCGACCAGCGAGCGUGUCACCCCCGCUGCAACGAACACGGGACGUGCCGGGACGGCAAGUGCGAAUGCAGCCCGGGCUGGAACGGAGAGCACUGCACCAUCGAGGGAUGUCCCGGCUUGUGUAACGGCAAUGGCAGGUGCACCCUGGAUGUCAACGGGUGGCAUUGCGUCUGCCAGCUGGGCUGGAGAGGAGCGGGCUGUGACACUUCCAUGGAGACAGCGUGUGGCGAUGGGAAAGACAACGAUGGAGAUGGCCUAGUGGAUUGCAUGGACCCCGACUGCUGCCUCCAGCCCUUGUGCCAGUCCAGUUCCCUCUGCCUGGGCUCCCCAGAUCCCCUGGAUAUCAUCCAAGAGACUCAGCCCCCUGUCUCCCAGCAGAACCUUCACUCGUUCUACGAUCGCGUCAAGUUCCUUGUGGGCAAGGAAAGCACGCACGUCAUUCCUGGAGAGAACCCUUUCAGCGAAGGCCACCCUUGUGUGAUUCGUGGACAGGUGAUGACAUCCGACGGGACCCCGCUUGUCGGCGUGAACAUCAGUUUUGCUAACAACCCCCUUUAUGGCUACACGAUCAGCAGACAAGACGGCAGCUUUGACCUUGUCACUAAUGGCGGGAUCUCCAUCAUCCUCCAUUUUGAACGGGCUCCCUUCAUCACCCAAGAACACACCCUCUGGCUGCCGUGGGAUCGCUUCUUUGUCAUGGAAACUAUCGUCAUGAGGCAUGAAGAAAACGACAUCCCGAGUUGUGACCUCAGCAACUUUGCCCGGCCCAAUCCUGUGGUCUCGCCGUCACCCCUGACUGCAUUUGCCAGCUCCUGUUCCGAGAGAGGCCCCAUCGUUCCAGAGAUCCAGGCUUUACAAGAAGAGAUUAAAAUUUCAGGCAGUAAAAUAAAGCUGAGCUACCUGAGUAGCCGUACGUCCGGCUACAAAUCGGUCCUGAGGAUCAGCUUGACCCAUCCGACCAUACCGUUCAACCUGAUGAAAGUCCACCUCAUGGUAGCGGUUGAGGGACGCCUCUUCCGGAAGUGGUUUGCCGCCGGUCCGGACCUGUCGUAUUACUUCAUAUGGGACAAGACAGACGUCUACAACCAGAAGGUGUACGGGCUGUCGGAAGCCUUUGUCUCAGUGGGGUUCGAAUACGAAUCGUGUCCGGACUUGAUUCUUUGGGAGAAGAGGACGGCGGUGCUUCAGGGCUACGAAAUCGACGCGUCCAAACUCGGAGGCUGGUCUCUGGACAAGCAUCACGCCCUCAACAUCCAGAGUGGGAUCUUGCAUAAGGGCAACGGGGAAAACCAGUUCGUCUCCCAGCAGCCUCCUGUCAUAGGAAGCAUCAUGGGGAACGGGCGCCGGCGGAGCAUCUCCUGCCCGAGCUGCAACGGCCUCGCUGAUGGGAACAAGCUCCUGGCCCCCGUCGCCUUGACCUGUGGCUCCAACGGGAGCCUCUAUGUCGGAGACUUCAACUACAUCCGAAGAAUCUUCCCCUCCGGAAACGUCAUCAACAUCCUGGAGUUAAGAAAUAAAGAUUUCAGACAUAGCCACAGCCCCGCUCACAAGUAUUACCUGACCACGGACCCCAUUUCCGGUUCCAUCUACCUCUCUGACACCAACAGCCGCCGAGUCUUCAAAAUCAAAUCCACCACCGUUGUGAAGGACGUGGUGAAGAACUCGGAGGUGGUGGCCGGAACGGGAGACCAGUGCCUUCCCUUCGACGACACCCGUUGCGGAGACGGCGGGAAAGCGACCGAGGCGACGCUCACAAAUCCCAGGGGCAUCACUGUGGACAAAUUUGGGUUCAUUUAUUUUGUGGACGGCACCAUGAUCCGGCGCAUCGACCAGAAUGGGAUUAUCUCGACCGUGCUCGGUUCCAAUGACCUGACAUCGGCCAGGCCUCUAAGCUGUGACUCAGUCAUGGAUAUCUCGCAGGUCCGUCUAGAGUGGCCUACCGACCUGGCGGUCAACCCAAUGGACAAUUCCCUGUACGUCCUCGACAACAAUGUCGUCUUGCAAAUCUCAGAAAACCACCAAGUGCGCAUUGUGGCAGGAAGGCCGAUGCACUGCCAGGUCCCUGGUAUCGAUCACUUCCUCCUCAGCAAGGUGGCUAUUCACGCAACCUUGGAAUCCGCCACGGCCCUGGCCGUCUCCCACAACGGUGUCCUGUACAUCGCGGAGACCGACGAGAAGAAGAUUAACCGUAUCAGGCAGGUCACCACCAAUGGGGAGAUCUCGCUGGUGGCUGGCGCUCCAAGUGGCUGCGACUGCAAGAACGAUGCCAACUGCGAUUGCUUUUCCGGGGAUGACGGAUAUGCCAAGGAUGCCAAACUCAACGCUCCAUCAUCCCUUGCUGUGUGUGCAGAUGGCGAAUUGUAUGUGGCUGAUCUUGGGAACAUCCGGAUCCGCUUCAUCCGGAAGAACAAGCCGUUCCUCAACACGCAGAACUUAUAUGAGCUGUCCUCUCCCAUCGAUCAGGAACUCUACUUGUUUGACACCAGUGGCAAGCACCUGUUCACUCAGAGCCUCACUACCGGGGACUACCUUUAUAACUUCACCUACACAGGAGAUGGGGACAUAACCUUGAUUACCGACAACAACGGAAACUUGGUCAACAUCCGGAGAGAUUCGACAGGGAUGCCGCUUUUGCUAGUAGUGCCAGAUGGCCAAGUCUACUGGCUGACCAUGGGUACCAACAGCGCCCUUAAGAGCGUGACGGCCCAGGGGAACGAAGUGGCCAUGAUGACCUAUCACGGCAACUCUGGCCUCCUGGCUACGAAGAGCAAUGAAAAUGGGUGGACGACGUUUUACGAGUACGACAGUUUCGGGCGUCUCACCAACAUCACUUUCCCUACCGGCCAGGUCAGCAGCUUCCGGAGCGACACCGACAGCUCCGUCCACGUUCAAGUGGAGACGUCCAGCAAAGAUGAUGUCACCAUCACGACCAACCUGUCGGCCUCGGGUGCCUUCUAUACCUUGCUGCAAGAUCAAGUGCGGAACAGCUACUACAUUGGUGCCGAUGGCUCUCUCCGACUCAUUCUGGCCAACGGCAUGGAGGUGGCCCUGCAGACCGAACCUCACCUGCUGGCCGGCACGGUGAACCCCACUGUGGGGAAGAGGAACGUGACCCUCCCCAUUGACAAUGGCCUCAACCUGGUCGAGUGGAGACAACGCAAAGAGCAAGCACGAGGCCAGAUCACGGUCUUUGGACGCAGACUGCGGGUUCAUAACAGAAAUUUGCUGUCCCUCGACUUUGACCGGGUGACAAGAACAGAGAAGAUCUAUGAUGAUCAUCGCAAGUUCACCCUGCGGAUCCUGUACGACCAGGCCGGCCGGCCCAGCCUUUGGUCUCCCAGCAGCAGGCUGAAUGGAGUGAACGUUACCUACUCCUCGGGGGGACACAUUGCUGGGAUCCAGCGGGGGACCAUGUCAGAAAGGAUGGACUAUGACCCGUCGGGCCGGAUUACAUCCAGAAUCUUCGCUGAUGGGAAAUCUUGGAGCUACACUUAUUUAGAAAAGUCUAUGGUGCUGCUCCUUCACAGUCAACGGCAGUACAUUUUCGAGUUUGAUAAGAAUGAUCGUUUGUCAUCCGUGACCAUGCCCAACGUAGCCCGGCAGACCUUAGAAACUAUCCGUUCCAUUGGUUACUAUAGGAAUAUCUACAGGCCCCCAGAGGGCAAUGCUUCCGUCGUUCAGGAUUUCAAUGAGGAAAAGCAGCUCCUUCACACUUGUCAUUUGGGGACGGGGAGGCGGGUCAUCUACAAAUACGGAAAGCUUUCCAAGCUGGCCGAGAUGCUCUACGACACGACUAAAAUCAGCUUCAGCUACGAUGAAACAGCUGGGAUGCUGAAGACCAUAAACUUGCAAAACGAAGGGUUCACCUGCACCAUCAGAUAUAGACAGAUUGGACCGCUCAUCGACCGGCAGAUCUUUCGUUUCACAGAAGAAGGCAUGGUGAAUGCCCGCUUUGACUACAAUUAUGACAACAGCUUCCGGGUGACCAGCAUGCAAGCGGUGAUCAAUGAGACGCCCCUACCCAUCGACCUUUACCGAUACGAUGACGUUUCGGGUAAAACAGAACAGUUCGGCAAGUUCGGGGUGAUAUACUACGACAUCAACCAAAUCAUCACCACAGCUGUCAUGACUCACACAAAGCAUUUUGACGCCUAUGGUAGGAUGAAAGAAGUGCAGUAUGAGAUAUUCAGGUCCCUCAUGUAUUGGAUGACCGUUCAGUAUGACAACAUGGGUAGAGUAGUGAAGAAGGAAUUGAAGGUUGGCCCGUACGCAAACACAACGAGGUAUUCAUACGAGUAUGACGCCGAUGGGCAGCUCCAGACUGUGUCAAUCAAUGAGAAGCCACUCUGGCGGUACAGUUAUGACCUCAAUGGAAACCUCCACUUGCUGAGUCCUGGCAACAGCGCCCGCCUCACACCACUGAGGUAUGAUCUCAGGGACAGGAUUACAAGACUGGGGGACGUGCAGUACAAGAUGGAUGAAGACGGCUUCCUGAGGCAAAGGGGGAAUGAUGUUUUUGAGUACAACUCAGCAGGGCUGCUCAUCAAGGCAUACAACAAAGCCAGCGGGUGGUCUGUGAAGUAUCGCUACGAUGGGCUCGGAAGAAGGGUCUCCAGCAAAACCGCCCAUGGCCAUCACUUGCAGUUCUUUUAUGCAGACCUCACCAACCCCACCAAAGUCACCCAUCUCUACAAUCACUCAAGUUCAGAGAUAACCUCCCUCUAUUAUGACCUCCAGGGCCACCUGUUUGCUAUGGAGCUUAGCAGUGGAGACGAGUUUUACAUCGCCUGCGAUAACACUGGGACCCCUUUGGCAGUCUUCAGCGGGACAGGCUUAAUGAUCAAGCAGAUAUUGUACACAGCUUACGGGGAGAUCUAUAUGGACACCAACCCAAACUUUCAGAUCAUCAUUGGUUACCAAGGAGGCCUGUACGACCCCCUUACCAAACUCAUACAUAUGGGGAAGAGAGACUAUGACGUGCUAGCUGGUCGGUGGACAAGCCCGGACCAUGAAAUUUGGAAACGUCUGAGCAGCAGCAACAUAAUGCCUUUCAAUCUUUACAUGUUCAAAAAUAACAACCCUAUUAGUAACUCUCAGGAUAUCAAGUGCUACAUGACAGAUGUCAACAGUUGGCUGCUUACCUUUGGGUUUCAACUACACAACGUCAUCCCCGGAUACCCUAAGCCUGACGUGGAGGCUAUGGAGCCGUCUUACGAGCUUACCCACACACAGCUGAAAACCCAAGAAUGGGACAAUAGCAAGUCGAUCUUGGGAGUUCAGUGCGAAGUACAGAAACAGCUGAAGGCUUUCGUCACCCUUGAGCGCUUCGAAGAGAUCUACAGCUCUAGUAUCGCCGGGUGCCACGAGACCAAGGAGAACAAUAACUUCGCUUCAGGGGGCUCCGUCAUUGGCAAGGGGGUCAAGUUUGCCAUGAAGGAUGGGCGGGUGGCCACCGACAUCAUCAGCACGGCUAACGAGGACGGGCGGAGGAUCGCAGCCAUACUGAACAACGCUCACUACCUGGAGAACUUGCACUUCACCAUCGAGGGCACGGACACGCACUAUUUUGUCAAGCAAGGGCCGUCGGACAGCGACCUGUCCAUUCUGGGCCUCACCGGCGGGCGGAGAACCUUGGAGAACGGCGUCAACGUCACCGUCUCCCAAAUCAAUACAGUUCUUAAUGGAAGGACUAGACGUUACACAGACAUCCAGCUCCAGUAUGGGGCACUGUGUCUGAACACCCGUUACGGGACCACCUUGGAUGAGGAGAAGACCCGCGUGCUAGAGCUGGCCCGACAACGUGCCGUUGCCCAAGCCUGGGCACGGGAGCAGCAGAGACUGCGGGACGGGGAGGAGGGCACCCGCUCCUGGACAGAAGGGGAGAAGCAGCAGCUGCUAAACACGGGGCGGGUUCAGGGCUACGACGGCUAUUUCGUCAUCUCCGUGGAGCAGUACCCCGAACUUUCAGACAGCGUGAACAACAUCCACUUCAUGAGACAGAGCGAGAUGGGCAGAAGGUGACAGAGAGGGUCGACGCGUUGACUUCUUGCCAAAGACAGCUACUCUUUUGUGGCCGCGUACCAGACUGUGUUGUACUCAAUCCUUUUUU